UCUCUCUCAGCUUUGCACAGGAAGUAUCAUGCUCUGCCCUGCCCCUGACGCUCCGCUUUAUCUCUGUGACAUAUGCAAACAGGGUGCAGAGCCUCACCCGCGCUGAGGAGCUGGGGUCCGUGCUGAGGCUUCUCCUCCACUCAGGCUGCUUCUCAGAUGAUCCGUCUGUCGCACACCUGCAGCCGGGCAUAGACUCAACAGCAGCAACAUGAGUUUACGGAAGCUACGCUUCAAGUGGUUCGGCAGCCUCACCAACAUCUCCUUCCGCCGCUCCACUGAAAAGUCCGAGUCCAAGUCUCCUCAGUCCAAGUCUGGGGCCGGAGGAGAGGCCGCGCCGGCUCAUGUCGUCCACUGUGUCUCCGGCGCCGCUAACACUCUGCCCCCCGUCGCCGAGGCGACGAUGGACGACAUGGACGGCGUGCGGCCUCGCACGGCCAGCUACGUCCGCUCCAGCGAGACCUACACACACGUGGGCACGCUGCCUCGGCUGCUGAUGAAGAAGAAAGACAAGAGUAGCAAAGGAGGCCCCAACAGCAGUAAGAAGAAUAAAGACAAAGGCAGCGUCAACACAAGCCAAAGCCAGAGACCUGCAGCGGGCAACAGCGGUGAAGCCCAGAAGCUCACAGCCGACUCAAUCAGGGAGGAAGAAGAAGCUGUAUGUAAAGCAGGCGCUGGGUUCAGUCAGGACACUGUGGCUGAGCCCAAGGCCCAGUUGGAGCCUGCAGGUGGGAGCAACGGAGCAAACACCCGGCACCGCUCCUCUGGAGCCACAUCGGCCUGUGAAGACGCGUCGCCCUCUGGUGGAUUAAUCCCGGUACUGCAACCUGAUUCUGCGACCGGUGCGGCAGAUGUAGGCUCGAGUCCUGGGAGUCCAGCAGCUCCACGCAACCAGGCUACUGGUCAGAUCCAGGUUGAUGGAGCAGAGUCUGGGUCUGAAGAGCUGAUCAAUGGAGCACAUCAAGACAACAAAAACUCUGACGACAUUUACAUCCUCAUGGAGCCAGCGGAGAGACAGUCUGAAUACGUCCAGUUCUCCAAGGAGAAGUACCUGCUGGAGUCUCCCCCCGAGAAGCUGCGCAAGGAGCUGGAGGAGGAGCUGAAGCUGAGCCCAGCCGACAUCCGGAGCCACGGCUGGUACCACGGACACAUACCCAGAGAGGUGUCGGAGACUCUGGUUCUGCGCAACGGGGACUUCCUGGUGCGCGACUCUCUGACCAGCGUGGGCGACUACGUCCUGACGUGUCGAUGGGACAACGAGGCGCUGCACUUCAAGAUCAGCAAAGUCCUGGUGAAGUCCAACGAGACGAAGGUGCAGUAUGUGCUGGAGUCCGACUCCUUCGACUCGGUGCAGGAGCUGGUGCGCUUCUACGUGGGCCAGCGGCGGCCCGUGUCCCAGUCCAGCGGCGUGCACGUGUACUGCCCGGUCAGCAGGACGCUGCCCCUGCGCUACCUGGAGGCCACGUUCGCCCUGUCCACCGGCAAGCAGGGCUGCCCCUACUCCCCCUCCAGCCAGAGGGGCGCCUACAUCAAGAGGCGCAGCGUCACCAUGACGGACGGGCUCACCGCCGACAGGAUGAUGGCGCACAGCCCGUCGACCAUCCACCACCACAAAGACGCGAUGCGUAACUGUGCCAUGAGCAUGGACCAGAUCCAGGAGUACCGCUGCCCGCUGUCGCCUGUGGGCGAGACCCCGACCCCCGCGUACACUGCCAUCACCAGGCAGAGGGCCCACUCGGGUGGGCGGAUCCUGGCCGUGGUCCCGCCCUCGCCCGCCACGCGGCGCUCCAGCGACCCUCAGCUCAGCCCCACGGCGGGCGCCCCCCCCCCCGAGCGGCCGGCGCUCGCCUCCCACUCGCCCGCCCACCACCCCGGCUGCCGGUCGCGCUCCCCGGAGACGGCGGGCAGCUACUGCGACCUCCGGCCCUGCGCCGCCGGACCCCCCAAGCCCCCCACCAAGGGCUACGUGGAGCGCCUGCGGGUGGAGGAGGGGAGGGCGGAGGCGGCGCGGGAGGACGGGGAGGGCGUGUUCAGCAUCCCGCAGGUGGAGACGACGUCAUCCUUCAGGCCGUCCAGGUACGAGUCGCGCCUCAUGCCGGCCGAGAACAAGCCCCUGGAAAUGACAGUGCUGAAGAAAGUGAAGGAGCUGCUGGCGGAGGUGGACGCGAGGACCGCGGCCAAACACAUCACCAUGGUGGACUGCAAGGUCGCGAGAAUAUUCGGCGUGACCUCGGAGCUGCAAAGGAUGAUGGGAGUGUCCUCGGGGUUGGAGCUGCUGACGCUUCCGCACGGACACCAGCUGAGGCUUGACCUGCUGGAGCGGUUCUACACCAUGUCCAUCAUGAUGGCCGUGGACCUGCUGGGCUGCACGGGCAGCACGGAGGAGAGGGCCGCCCUGCUGCACAAGACCAUCCAGUUAGCGGCGGAGCUGAAGAGCACCAUGGGCAACAUGUUCGGCUUCGCUGCAGUGAUGAGAGCCCUGGAGCUGCCGCAGAUUUCCCGCCUGGAGCAGACGUGGGUGACGUUGCGGCAGCGGCACACGGAGGGCGCCAUCCUGUACGAGAAGAGCCUCAAGCCCUUCAUGAAGAACAUGAACGACGGCAAAGAGUCCGGCGCGCUGUCCGGCGCCACCUUCCCACACGUGCUGCCCGUCCUGUCGCUGCUGGAGCGCGGCGUGGCGCUCGGCGAGGCGCCGGAGCCGUGGGAGAGCGCCGAGGCGGGCGUGGACGUGGUCAUGUUCCACCUGGAGGCCGCCCGCACCGUGGCCCACCACGGGGGCGUCUACCGCUGCAACGCCGAGGCCAAGCUGCAGGGGAUCCAGGAGCGAGCGGAGCUGCAGGAGGUCUUCCAGACGGAGUUCCAGAUGCGGCUGCUGUGGGGCAGCCGCGGCGCCGAGGGCGGCCAGUCGGAGCGCUACGAGAAGUUCGACAAGGUGCUGACGGCGCUGUCGCACAAGCUGGAGCCGCCCGUGCGCCACAGCGAGCUAUAGCGGCCGCCGCCCGGAGCCACCCGGAGCCGGGUCUGGGUUUGGGUCCGGCGUGAACACCGGACGGAGAGGCAGCUACAGGAGCACGUGCAGGACAGAGAGGUCCGCUCACCCGCCGCACGCGUUGCACUGACUCUGACCUCCGCCUCACUUACAGGACGGAGAGUUCGGCCACACAGAACUGUGAACCUCAAUAAAACACACACGCGCUCGUUUCCCAACAACUGCUGUCACACACUGUAGCAGGAACUCCAACAAUAACUCAUAUAGAUGUUUGCUGAUGCGACUGAAUGUGCGAACAUGUAUGUUUACAUUCCUUCAUUUCUGUGCUUCAUCAAUGUUUCAUGUGUUUUGUUUUGUUUUUGUCUUAUUUAUUCACUAUGAUCAAAAUCAUAGCAGAUCCCAGAGUCUCAUUAAAACUGUAUCAGGUGAGCUUUUAAUGAAUGCAUCAGACAUGAAACAUUUGCAGAAAUAAUGCGACAACUUCAACACGAGGACAAGCAUGAAGCUGGAGACAGGUGUUUUAAAGCAAUGUUUCGCUCUGUAUAGAGGCAUUUAUGAACGCGCUGUGACUAUGACCUCGACAGUUUGUGGCUGCUAAUGUAAAUUUACAGUUUUGAUGCAUGCAGCUAUAAAUGUUGUACUAAGUCAAAUGUUGCUUUAAACUAAUACUUAAAAAACAAAUGAGGAUUUGUCAGACUUAGAUACAGAUGAGUCAGAGACGCCCCAUGUCACUGGACAGAUGCAGAAAAAUUGACAUCAUUCUUUAAUUUAAAGUCUGUGUAAAAAACGUAUCUUUAAAGUAAGAUAUUGCUUUUUUUUGUAUGAUUUAAAUCCUAAUUGUUGUACGUCACUGGGAUUACAUGGUGUAAACUGCUACAGUGUUAAAUCAUUGUUCUACUUACAGUGUACAGGCCUGAAAACCAACUUUUACGGGUUUGUAAUCAUUUCCCCCUUGAAGAAAACAAAUCUGUCACGAACCCCUACGGCACUUUCUGGAAAUCUCCUCUAUUAUUUUCUUUAUUUAUAACCUUUCUUGCCAAAUUGAUAAUCCAUACACAAACAAACAUCAUAUCAUAUAUAAAUGAAAACAUUUUAAAAUGUCAAUGUAUCCUACAGUUGCAUAUUAGAAAUAUCUUGAACCAUAUUUGAAGUCAUGUUAAUGAGCCAAUUGCAGUUCCCACUGUUGUACAGCAGGGGGCGACGUUUGUCAGCAUAGAAGACUGACUCAUUAUUUGUAACGGGAAAACAGACACAUAUGUUUGUGCUUUGAGACCAAGAGGAUGCCUGCUGCUUUACGUUUGAUAUUUUCUAACUCAUGAUGGAAUGUGUUCUUCUUCUUUUGUGCUAAACGGGAAUGUACCAAGCGUGUGGUUUCUCCUGUUGCACGCAACAGGAACGUGAGCGAUAACCUUGAAAAGCAAAGCAGCGUAAUGAAUAAGGACGAUCUCGUGUUUGUUCGUUUGUUUUUUUACGUACUGUACAUAACAAUUCACUUUUUUCAAAAUAAAAGAAUUGCUUGUG